AUGGUAUUAACACAACAGCCAAGAUCUCUCGCGUCGACCGACGACAGCUUCCCCACUGUCCAGCUGUUCCUCCUGGCAAUAUGUCGCGUGGCCGAGCCGAUCGCCUUGACGUCCAUCUUCCCCUACUCAUGGGUGAUGGUCAAGGAUUUCCAUAUGGCUAGCGGCCAUGAUGCCUCCUUCUACGCCGGCAUUUUGAUCUCCGCCUUCUCCCUCGCCGAGGCCCUGACCGGCAUGUUCUGGGGCAGUCUCUCUGAUCGAGUGGGCCGCAAGCCGGUCCUCAUCUCCGGCUGCGUGGGUACCAUGCUCUCCCUGCUCCUUGUCGGCGUGGCUCCGAACUUUUGGGUGGCCCUCGUCGGUCGAGUGCUGGGCGGUGCUCUGAAUGGAAACAUCGGUGUCAUCCAGACCAUGGUUGGCGAGCUGGUGAAACGACCUGAGCAUGAGCCACGGGCAUAUGCGGUCAUGCCUUUUGUCUGGUCCAUUGGGACUAUUAUCGGGCCAGCCAUUGGAGGUCUGCUGGCAAGGCCCGCAGAAGGCUUCCCAUCCCUGUUUCCUACGGAUGGUCUUUUUGGCCGUUUUCCUUAUCUGUUGCCCAACCUUGUCUGCUCUGUUCUUCUGCUCUUGAGCAUCAUCGGCAGCUGCCUGUUUCUGCAAGAGACCCACCCGGACAUGCAACCCGGCUGUGCCCAUCGUUUCUUUGAGCACACCUCUGCCGAACAGCCUCUCCUCGCGACCUCGGGCGCCACGGCCAAUGCAGGCGUCGACCUUCGGGCCGAGUCCUACGGAACAUUCAAUCAGAUCAGCAUGCAUGAGGAGGAGCACUGGGGUGUCCAGGCAGACGGUACGUCUCCCGUGUGGAAGAAGUCGCUGAAACCUCAAGCCUUCACUUGGCGGGUCACGAUGCUGGUGGUCGCGCUCGCCAUCUUCACGUAUCAUUCGAUGACAUACGACCACCUCCUACCUAUCUUCCUGCAAGACGAAAAUACCCGCGGCGUCUCCGCAGGUCAUCACGCUCUGCUCGAUAUUCCGGGCGGAGUUGGCCUCUCGACCCGAAACGUGGGUGUGAUUAUGUCCACGGAUGGAAUCAUCGCCCUUGUGAUUCAAAGCCUUAUUUUCCCCGCCCUCGCCCAAUGGCUCGGUGUGUGGCGGCUUUUCGUCGUCGUGACGGUCCUUCAUCCGAUCGCAUACUUCAUGGUCCCUUUUCUGGCCCUGCUGCCGCAACACCUCGUCUUCGUCGGCAUCUAUGCCUGCCUGAUCAUCCGCAACACCCUGUCCAUUAUCGCCUACCCCGUGCUGCUCAUCCUUAUCAAGCAAGCCAGUCCCUCGGAUGCGGUCAUGGGCAAAAUCAACGGCCUGGCUGCAUCUGCUGGCGCCGCCUCGCGUACUGUCGCGCCUCCUGUUGCGGGAUUUCUGUACAGCGCCGGUGCCGAAAUUGGCUGCACCGCCUUCUCUUGGUGGGCAAGCUCCUUCGUCGCCUUGCUGGGCGCUGUCCAGAUCUGGUUCAUCCAGCGCAAGAAGUAUUCGUCUGUGACGGUGACCUCUGCGGCCCCCUGCCGCUAUGUUCCCCUUCCGAGUCAGCCCCCGAAACAAACGGUACAUAUCAUCGUGACUGAUGCUGAUGCUGAUGCUGAAAGCUCGGCGGCCACAGUAUUGCUGUGA